ACCAAGCACCCGGCACUCCGCCCUGGACACAGGGGGCGCGCCUUUAAGUUUGGUUUCUUCUUGUCCCUGCUCUCCCCUCCCAUCCCUCCUCUAAGUCUCCGCCCCCGCCCCCUCAGGCUCCAGGCGGAAGCAACCCUGUUCCAAAUGCAGCGCGCUUUACGGCGGCGCGUCCUUUUACCGCGGUGUGGCCGCCUCGCUUGUCGCGCGCACUUUUGCCCUAUUGGCUCUGCGGCCCCGCUCGCCGCACUUUACGGCAGUGUGGCUGGAGCAGCGGCUGACGGGCCCGCGGUCUGGGAGUGAGUGCAGGGAAGCGGAGUAUUUGCUGGGCCGGGUACCAUGGACGUGGGCGAACUUCUGAGCUACCAGCCCAAUAGGGGCACAAAACGUCCCCGGGAUGAUGAAGAGGAGGAGCAGAAGAUGCGUCGGAAACAAACUGGUACUCGAGAACGUGGCCGCUAUCGGGAAGAAGAAAUGACUGUGGUGGAAGAAGCGGAUGAUGACAAAAAAAGGCUGCUUCAGAUUAUUGACAGAGAUGGGGAAGAGGAAGAGGAAGAGGAGGAGCCAUUGGAUGAAAGCUCAGUGAAGAAAAUGAUCCUCACAUUUGAAAAGAGAUCAUAUAAAAACCAAGAAUUGCGGAUUAAGUUUCCAGACAAUCCAGAGAAGUUCAUGGAAUCCGAGCUGGACCUAAAUGACAUCAUUCAGGAGAUGCACGUGGUGGCCACCAUGCCAGACCUGUACCACCUUCUGGUGGAGCUGAAUGCCGUACAGUCGCUUCUUGGCUUGCUUGGACAUGAUAAUACAGAUGUGUCCAUAGCCGUGGUCGAUUUGCUUCAGGAAUUAACAGAUAUAGACACCCUCCAUGAGAGUGAAGAGGGAGCAGAAGUGCUUAUCGAUGCUCUGGUGGAUGGGCAGGUGGUAGCACUGCUGGUACAGAAUCUGGAGCGCCUGGAUGAGUCUGUGAAAGAGGAGGCAGAUGGCGUCCACAACACUCUGGCUAUUGUGGAAAACAUGGCUGAGUUCCGGCCUGAGAUGUGUACAGACGGUGCCCAGCAGGGUCUUCUACAGUGGCUGUUGAAGAGGCUGAAGGCAAAGAUGCCUUUCGAUGCCAACAAACUGUAUUGCAGUGAAGUGCUGGCCAUACUGCUCCAGGACAAUGAUGAAAACAGGGAAUUGCUUGGGGAGCUGGAUGGAAUCGAUGUGCUUCUUCAGCAGUUAUCUGUGUUUAAAAGACACAAUCCCAGCACGGCUGAGGAGCAGGAGAUGAUGGAGAAUCUGUUUGAUUCCCUCUGCUCCUGUCUAAUGCUUAGUUCUAACCGUGAGCGCUUCCUGAAGGGCGAGGGUCUUCAGCUGAUGAAUCUCAUGCUCAGGGAAAAGAAGAUCUCCCGGAGCAGUGCCCUGAAAGUGCUGGACCAUGCCAUGAUUGGCCCCGAAGGCACAGACAACUGCCAUAAGUUUGUUGACAUUCUUGGCUUACGAACCAUCUUUCCCCUCUUUAUGAAAUCUCCCAGGAAGAUCAAGAAAGUGGGAACCACUGAGAAGGAACACGAAGAGCAUGUCUGUUCGAUCCUGGCUUCCCUCCUGCGGAACCUGAGAGGGCAGCAGCGAACCCGGCUUCUGAAUAAAUUCACCGAAAAUGACAGCGAGAAGGUUGACAGACUAAUGGAGUUGCAUUUUAAAUAUCUGGGUGCAAUGCAGGUGGCGGACAAGAAGAUUGAAGGGGAAAAACACGACAUGGUCCGGCGAGGAGAGAUCAUAGACAAUGACAUCGAGGAGGAGUUCUACCUCCGGCGCCUAGAUGCGGGGCUCUUUGUUCUCCAGCACAUCUGCUACAUCAUGGCCGAGAUCUGCAAUGCCAAUGUCCCCCAGAUUCGCCAGAGAGUUCACCAGAUCCUAAACAUGCGAGGAAGCUCCAUCAAAAUUGUCAGGCAUAUCAUCAAGGAGUAUGCAGAGAACAUCGGGGACGGCCGGAGCCCGGAGUUCCGGGAGAACGAGCAAAAGCGCAUCCUGGGCUUGCUGGAGAACUUCUAGAGGCACCUGGGGCCUGCGCAUCAUGGACUGUCUCAGCUUCCCUCCCAGGAUCAGUUUCUACACAACUCUGUGUGGCUUUUGGACAAAUUAAAGCUAGUUUUGGUA